AUGAGCUGUGCCACCCCCACUGACAAAAUCUACCGAAGGGUGACAUGUUCACCCAAACGACCACCUCAACCCCUCUGCGAGACUCUCCGAGAGGCAGAUAAGGCACGAUGUCGGCUCGACCCCUGCGAAUGCAAGGAAGAUAAAUGCGGACUCCAACCACGCCGCAUUCCCUUGCUAGGCACAGAAGAUCCCCCACCGGAGAAAUCUAAACGUGCUUUUGGUAUGCAAGCAGAGCAAGGCAUCUGGGAUAUUGGGAAGCCGCUCCCAAGCAGAGUUUACCUACCUCUGAGGCGAUCACGAUUUCGUGUAAGAUAUGAAAGGGGCCUCUAUCCUUUCCACCUCGACUAUUCAGCAGACGUUUCCGUCGCUAGGAUCACCUGGUGUGUCGAUAUGGAGCAGUAUGAUAUUACUGAUCUGCUGAAAGACACGCUUGAAGCACAGUCGGAUGAUUCGCAUUGGGCACACGUAGGACACUUGGUCUUCAUGGACUUGCUGAAGCACUUGCCCCCUGUAAAAUUGGCUGGCACACUGCCUUCCUUCUCCAUUGAGUUCAGGAAGAUGAUGCGUAGAAAUAACGAAGAAAUAGCGCGACGUCUUCUGAAAAUGCUAAAGGAACUGGCCCUAGUGGUGACUAGCAUUGGUCCCGAAUUAGCCUUCUAUGCACACGACCUUUUCAAUCUCUGCAACCAGUGGCUGGAGCGAUACAAGGAGGUCGGUGAUCGCAUUGUCUACGAGCAGAAGAAGCGCAUUCACCUGAAUGACCUCACUGACGAACUGCACGCCAUUUUUGAGGUAGUAUCGGGAGCUGAGCAUGACUACGCAGUAGCAGGCAUGAAGUUGGCCAUUCCCACCUACCGGAUUCCCGAGAAGGCGGCAAAUCCACCAGGAAAAUGA